GCGAAAGGUGUAAGCGUCAUCUUCAGAAGCAAUUGCAAUAACAAUGGUUGCUAAGCUCAUAGUUCUGGUUGCGGCUUUCGCCCUCACCAACGCCGUACCGAUUUGGUUUACGGGUAACGGCUACCUGCCCAUGUUCAGGAUCGGUCGCGCCCCGAACAUGGCGUUCGGCUUCGGCAGCGGGUUCAGCAGCAACAUCGGCGGCAUUGCGCACUCCACCGGCAUCGGCUCGUCCUUCUCCACCGGCGACGCCGAGGCCUACGGCGCCGGCGUCGGCGGCGCCUCUAACGGCGGCGCAUACGCACGCGGCGUGGGCGCGGCCCACGCAGCGCCCUACCAGCCCCUCGCCUACCAGCAAGCCUCCGCCUCAUCCUUCAACAACCUCGGCCGCACGCCCUACCAAUCAGCAGUCUCCUCCGCCCAAAACUUCGGCGGCAACUACGGCUCGGCCAUCUCGUCCGCCCAAACACAGAACGGGCCCCAGUACGGAUCUGCAGUAUCCGCCGCCCAAAACAGUGGCCCCGCGCGGUACCAGUCCGCGAUAUCUUCCGCGCAGAACGUUCGCGGCCUCGGCUUCGAGUCCUCCAUGGCCUCCGCUAACAGCAAUAACGGAAUGGACUACGGGUCUGCCGUGUCUGCCGCUGAGCACGGCGGUGACUACAACUCUGCUAUCUCCUCCGCUCAGUCACGGAACGGUUUGAACAACUAUGGAGCCGCGGUGUCGGCCGCGCAGAAUGUCGGCGGCUACCACGGCAGCACGGCCCAGGCGGUACAGCAACGAGGGGCCAGCCUCCAGCACAGCGGGGCCAGCAGCAUCAACGGGCCCGGCAUCCAAGCUGCGCAGUCGCACGCUGUUAACACCGGAUACUACUGAACCCACAACCAG